AUGAUGAUCCAGACAGGCUUCAAGAGCGGAAUGAGUGCAGUUGGAGGGCUCGGCUCAGGCGGAACGGUCCGGCAAAAUUUCUCCAGUUACUCUGCACAUGCUGCGCCUGGGGGCUCCGCCCGUAUGAGCACCAGUGUCAGGCGCUCUGCAGUCGGCGGCGGCGGCAGCGGCGGGGCAUUCGGCGCAAGAAACAGCUUUGGAGGCAGUAGCUUCGGAGGCGGUAGCUUCGGAGGCGGUAUGGAUGCCGGCUUCUAUGGAGGCGGCUUUGGUAGCAGUGCUGCCUUUGGUGGUGGUGCUGGUUUUGUAGGCGCCCCCAUCACAGCCGUCACUGUGAACCAAAGCCUCCUCGCCCCCCUCAACCUUGAGAUCGACCCCAACAUCCAAGUCGUCCGCACUCAGGAGAAGGAGCAGAUCAAAACCCUCAACAACCGCUUUGCCUCUUUCAUCAAUAAGGUACGCUUCCUGGAGCAGCAGAACAAGAUGCUGGAGACCAAGUGGAGCAUGAUGCAGGAGCAGACCACCACCCAGUCCAACAUUGACGCUAUGUAUCAGGCCUACAUCGCCAACCUGCGCAGGCAGCUUGAUGGCCUGGGCAACGAGAAGAUCAAGGUGGAGAGUGAGCUGAAAAACAUGCAGGGAAUCGUAGAGGACUUCAAGAGAAAGUAUGAAGAUGAAGUCAACAAGCGUGCCAUGGCUGAAAAUGAAUUUGUCUUGCUGAAGAAAGAUGUUGAUGCUGCCUACUUGCGCAAAGUAGAACUUGAAGCUAAGGUUGAUGCUCUUCAGGAUGAAAUCAAUUUCUUGAGGAAUGUCUAUGAAGCGGAGUUGAUGGAACUUCAGAGCCAGAUCAAGGACACCUCCGUGAUCGUAGAGAUGGAUAACAGCCGUAAUUUGGACAUGGAUGCCAUCGUGGCUGAAGUGCAUGCCUAGUAUGAGGAGAUUGCCAACCGCAGCAGGGCUGAGGCAGAGAUAUGGUACAAGCAGAAGUUUGAAGAGAUGCAGACUUCAGCUGGGCAGUACGGUGAAGACCUGCGUAGCACCAAAACUGAGAUCGCUGAGCUGAACCGUGCAAUCAGCCGUCUGCAGAAUGAGAUUGAGGCUGUCAAGUCACAGCGCGCCUCACUGGAGGCUCAGAUCGCCGAGGCAGAGGAACGUGGAGAGCUGGCAGUCAAGGAUGCCAGACUGCGCCUUAAGGACCUGGAGGAGGCCCUGCAGAGAGCCAAGCAGAACAUGGCACGUCAGGUUCGCGAGUAUCAAGACCUCAUGAAUGUCAAGCUGGCCCUGGACAUUGAGAUUGCCACCUACAGGAAGCUGCUGGAAGGAGAGGAGACCAGAAUUUCUUCUGGUAGUGGAGCCACAACAAUCCACGUGCAAUCCUCUGGGGGCAGUGCAAGCUCAAGUGGGUUCAGCUCUGCUGGUGGAUUUGGCUACGGCGGCGGCCUGUCCAUGGGCGUGGGGGGCUCAGCAGGAGGAGGGGGCUCGUCCAUCAGCAGAUCUUUGAUGGUCACCACAGGCAGCGCCCGCAGAGCCUUCUAAAAAGAGCCUCUUCCAUCUCCAACUCUUCUGAUCACAACGGCUGCCUACAGAUACUUAAAAGGUCAAACCAUCAAACCUACUGUACUACUAUCAUUUGUGUGAGCGCCUCUAAUUAAAUUUACCUUAAUUAGUUUGUAAAA